GUUUGUUUCCCGCCAAACAAAGCAUGCUGUAGCUCGACCAUAUAAGGUUUAUAGGCCCAUAAAGAGCGAAACAUAAGGCUUAUUACCGCUGUUUCAGUUUCACGGGCUCACGAACAUACUGACACAACAGACUACGAACGAAGACGCAAUUUCCGAAAGAUUUCAGCGGAAAAUCUCGCUUUAAUCGCCUGAAGAAGCAUCACAACACAUUUGUAGCAAAGUUUGCUUUGAGCUUUUUUACUAGCGUUUAAAUAUUUCUGCACAAAAUUUUAAGACAAGCGAGAAUACUGCAAAAUCUAAAUUCUCACCGGAGUGCGACAUCAUCAAACAAAUUCUCUUCGAAUGCGGGUUGAUUUUCGAUUAUUUUCAAUCAUCAUUCUUAUUUCGCUCCCCCAAAAAAAUUCAAAUGAAUAUUUCGUGUCGCACUCCGGCUAGAUUUUUUUUAAAAUAACUAAGGAAGGUGCUUACCAAUUUUUAUAUCGAUAGCUUGCAUAGUCGCAGAGAAAUUCGCCACGAAGUCGAAAUUUGACAAGUUCGCCUGGCUCACAGGGAUUGCGGGUAUCAGAGUUCGCAUUUUCCCACGGAUUGACUCGAAAAUAUUUUUCCUAUAAACCUGAAUAACUUCUUAAACUUGUCCUGAAGUCUCAAAGGAAUUCGGAUUUUUGGGUAGAAGAUAUCACAGCUCAAACUUAUUUCUGGGAAAUAGCCUUCGGUAAUACCUUAAAGAAAUCGGAAAAGCUCAUUAGCCGUUUAGAUUCCUUCACACAAUAGAGGAUUAUGCAGGAUUAUGCAUCUCAAAAAGACGAAUUACCGCUUUUCUUUUUCCCUUACUCCCCAAGAAAAGUCCUCCUUAUCCUUGCAAAUGAUGCACAUUAUCUGUUCUUUUUGAAAUUUUAAAACUACUUGGCUGCAUUCUUUAACUUUCACCGACUAGCCAGUUCUUUGGCUGCGAAGUCGACAACGCUGGGCUGGCUAUAAUUGAAAACUUAAGUCCCCUAAAAGAACGCUAAUGGGACGAUUUGUUCAUUGUUCUAAACGACAAAAGAGUGGGCAUAAAAACGGCUUGAUCCUAAUAAAGGACAGCAAAUCUCCGUCACGUGCAAGUGAGCAACCCAACCUAGAGAAAUCGGAAAAGCUUAUCGAUAGACCAGAUCAUAACAAGAUGGGUUAUCUAAUAAAGCUGGCUGCGAUUUGCAUUCUACUCUUCGUGGUCAGUGAUGGUCGCGCCAUUGAGGAUGAUGACAUCGCCAUGGAUUUUGCUGCAGACAAGAGGGGAGCUGCGUACACUUGUGCAAAUAAAAAGACAACGGGAGUAUUUUGGUUUGGAAGCUCCUGCCCUUGGGGAUGGACCAGUUGCAAAACGGAGACUUUUGGCCAAUGUUGUUUUAAAAAAUAAUCUUGAAGAUUAUUUUUAUAUUACAUUUUAUAUACCGUGUAAGAGCUGGGGAACCUAACGGCAAGUGCCUAACACGGCUGGGCUUACCCCGAAGGUAACCCAAGCUCACUGUAUGUAUCAAUAAAUUAUAGUGGUUCACGUUA